UGCGGCUGAUCAUUUACAAUCUGACAACACUCCCCAUCUACCCAGAGCAAGCCCUCUCUCUCCAGCCCUGCCUUAGACUUAGGUUCCGCUGUCUGGAGCUCACUCAUCCUGCCGGCAGGACCACAGUGCAAGGCUUAGACUCUUCUUCACCUCGUCUAGGGGAAACGGCUCUCCUGUGGAAUCUCAGACAAUCAAAUUCCCUCCUGAGACUAUUUCACACAGAAUUUCUUUAGGAGCGGUGCUGGGGCCCUAUGAUGAUACACCAACUUGUGCUACCAACUGUCAAAACUUUGGACUGUCUAACAUGCAGGUCAUGACCCUUGUAAUUAAGAAAUUGUUGAAGACAAUGUCAAAUAUGAUCCAGGAGAAAAUGUGAUUUGAGUCUGGAGACAACUGUUCAUUUUGAACAUACAGCACAUUUUAUUUGGACUCUAAAGAUGGAGAAAAAGCAUAUACUAUAUUUUAUGUUGCUCUUCCUCUUUAAUAUGACUCUUGGCACAGCAGAGUCAGAAGAAGAAGAAGGUUUUAACCAAACAGAUCUUGGAGUCACUAGAAACAAGAUCAUGACGGCUCAAUAUGAAUGUUACCAAAAGAUUAUGCAAGAUCCUAUUCAACAGGCAGAAGGCCUUUACUGCAACAGAACCUGGGAUGGGUGGCUGUGCUGGAAUGAUGUUGCAGCAGGAACUGAAUCGAUGCAGUAUUGCCCUGAUUACUUUCAGGACUUUGAUCCUUCAGAAAAGGUUACAAAGAUCUGUGACCAAGAUGGAAACUGGUUUAGACAUCCAGAUAGUAACAGAACAUGGACAAAUUACACUCUGUGUAAUAAUAGCACACAUGAAAAAGUGAAGACUGCACUGAAUUUGUUCUACCUAACUAUAAUUGGACAUGGAUUAUCUAUUGCAUCCCUGCUCAUCUCUCUCAUCAUAUUUUUUUAUUUCAAGAGCCUAAGCUGCCAAAGGAUCACCUUGCAUAAGAACCUGUUCUUUUCAUUUGUUUGUAAUUCGAUUGUGACAAUCAUUCACCUCACUGCGGUGGCCAAUAACCAGGCCUUAGUGGCCACAAAUCCUGUGAGCUGUAAGGUGUCUCAGUUCAUCCAUCUUUACCUGAUGGGCUGUAACUACUUUUGGAUGCUCUGUGAAGGCAUUUACCUGCACACACUCAUCGUGGUGGCUGUGUUUGCAGAGAAGCAGCAUUUGACGUGGUAUUACUUUCUUGGCUGGGGGUUUCCGCUGCUUCCUGCCUGCAUCCAUGCCAUUGCCAGAAGCUUGUAUUACAAUGACAAUUGCUGGAUCAGCUCAGAUACCCAUCUCCUCUACAUUAUCCAUGGUCCAAUUUGUGCCGCAUUACUGGUAAAUCUCUUUUUCCUAUUAAAUAUUGUACGCGUUCUCAUCACCAAGUUGAAAGUUACUCACCAAGCAGAGUCCAAUCUUUACAUGAAAGCUGUGAGAGCUACCCUCAUCUUGGUACCACUCCUUGGCAUUGAGUUUGUGCUUUUCCCAUGGCGGCCUGAAGGAAGGGUUGCCGAGGAGGUGUAUGACUAUGUCAUGCACAUCCUGAUGCACUAUCAGGGCCUUUUGGUGUCUACAAUUUUCUGCUUUUUUAAUGGAGAAGUUCAAGCAAUUCUGAGAAGAAAUUGGAACCAAUAUAAAAUCCAGUUUGGAAAUGGCUUUUCCCACUCUGACGCCCUCCGCAGUGCAUCCUACACAGUGUCAACAAUCAGUGACAUCCCAGGAUACAGCCACGACUGUCCCACUGAACACUUAAAUGGAAAAAGCAUCCAGGAUAUUGAAAAUGUCACCUUAAAGCCAGAAAAAAUGUAUGAUAUAGUCAUGUGAAAACAGAGAGAGCUCACCUGUUUUGUGCCACUUGAACCUAUGAUGUUAUAACCAGAAGAUUUAAUAGCAAACGGAUUUCUUGAAUGCCACGAAGAAAGCCCUCAAAUGAAAUGAGACUUGUGUUGAUCAAUGUUUAGCAACCCUCUCUAUAUGGAGGGAAAAGCCUUAACUAAUAAUGUUAGCCAGUAAACACUCCCACUGUGGCUGAUUUCAAGUUGCCAACCUGAUAUCACUGAAUGUGGAACUGGAAAGAAAACAAGCACAAUCAACUCUUGGGAGCUGACAUGCUGGAACCCGCACAACCCUGCAUGCUCUCACAAAUGGAUGAUGACUGUGCUCAUUCACACCUGUACAGACCAGAACUCUGCUAUUCUCGCCAGAGGAGACCUCUCUCAGUCUUACAGACAUGUAAAGAAAUAUGGCUUUUGUUUGUUAUAAAACUCUCUGUCCUAUUGUCAUUUGGUGGCAGUGAAUGGUUUGCCCAGAAAAGACUCCAACCCACUUUAUAACUUCUCUAAUGGAUGUGAUGGAGUUCAUUAUCUCUGUUAUUUCCUGUUCUUUUCUUUAAGAAAAGCAACUGAGUAGAAUUUCUAUGGGUUUCUCAGUUGCUGCUACAUACGGUUGUAUCCUGUGGCAUAUCCAUUUUGACACUUGGUGAGCAAAACCUACAAUUUGCAAUCCUUUUCUGAGUCACUAGGGAGACAUGUUGGUGGAAGCUGCAAACACUUUGCCAGCUACUGAAAAAACAAAACAAACUAAUCAAACAAACAAACAAAAAACUGCAGGCAUAGGAGGAAAUCAGUUUUCCUGAAUCUGUAAAUAGAAACUUUGGCCUUUCCAUAUCUACUGUGUAGACAAGUAAUCAAUCAUUUUACAUGAAGGGAAUCAAUGAAGGAUUUCUUUUUAUAUUUUAAAAAAGAGAGAGAGAGAGAGAGAGAGAGAGAGAGAGAGAGAGAGAGAGAGAGAGAUUGCCGUGCAAAAGACCGCAAAAGAACCUGUAAAUAAUCUGUCAUUUUAUUGCUUCAAUUAAAAACACGACCUAGGUAACUUUUAAAGCAAAUAGAUAAUGCAGAAUCAUAUGCCACUUGGUAUCUAAUACUGUAUCUGGGCUGAUUUUAUGGUAAAGUAGAAUCUUGAAUUCUAUAUUUGGUAAAUAUUUUAAGGACAACCAGAUACCGGCAUCAGAUGUUUGAGAACUAAGAACAAUCCCAGAAACUUCAGUGAUAAGAUAUGAAAUAUUUAUUUUAAAAUGCAAAGCCAUAAUUUUACAAACACAGUAUCUUUGGUGUGCUGACAUUUCUUCUUUGAUUUUGAUGACGACUCACUGAAAUCAGGAAGUUUUUAACAACUACAGCAAGGAAAACUAGCCUGCUACACAUGUGGACUUUAAUUUACUAAAAUACAACUUUAGUGACUUUUACUAGAUGAAGAUAAAUGGUUUUGAAAAAGAACCAGGUUAUUUUUUAAAUGAACCAUAGAGGAAUUUUAUCAAUAUAAUAUGCACAGUUUCAGUAUUUCAGUAGACUACUACAGAUGAUAAUACAAGCCAGGGAAAGCCUUGAACUUAUCAUUGAGAAGGAACUGUCAGUCAUUCAGGUAAUAAUUAAAUUAGGACAGAAGAAAGUCUUGUUCAUGAGUAAAGUGACAUCUAAAUGGAUUCAGUUUUUCUAAUAUUGCUUUGUUCUGGACUUUCUGCAGAACAAGAUUGGCUUCAGUUGGUAAAAGUCAGUUUGGGGAAAGUCAUGUAUGUGUUUUUUUGAAAUAUGUCAGUCAGGUCACAAUGGGUGAAAGUAAUGAUUUAAUCAUCACUAAUUGUGUUUUAUGCUGCAAUAGUUGUUUAAACUGUCAAGGAAAAUAACUCAAAUGAACAAGAACUAGCAUAUUAGAUGAUCUGAUAGAUAUACUUGUAAUUUAUCUAUAUGGGCAAAGGUGUUACCAAGGUAGUUCCAAUUUUGUGGAUUUCAUAGCAAGUCAUCAUUAAAAAAGGAAUGCAGAUUGUUCUGAACUUUCAAUUGCCAAAACUGUACAAGACAUCCUUUUACAACACUCAAAAUUUAGCUGUUAGACUCAUAUCUUUACUGACAGUGUUCAUGUAGCUCUGCAUUCUUCUGAACUGUUGAGUAUUAACCAUAAAUGAUAGCACAGAAUGCUGUUACCAGAGAACAUGUUUUAAAAGGUAUUAUCAUUUUCAGCUUUAUUAUUCUUUUAUCAUACUGAGUGUAGUUGAGAUUUCUUUACUGCUAACAUCACUGCGGUGUAAUCCUCAUCCACACCAGUCUGAGAUUCGUCAGUAUUAGUUUUGUAAUGAUAUUUUUGAAACUAGACUUCUUUAAGGCUGAAGUGCCAAUUAAAACAUUCUGUAUUGCUUGUAGAAAAAAAUCUGACAGUUUUGAAAGAAAACUCUGGUGCCUAAAAACCGAUUUGGAGACUUUCUAGUAUUUUUAAAGUUAGAUCUAUCAUUUUUUCUACAAUUGCUUGCUAAGUUAUGGUGGACAUUUUUAGAAGUGACUUUGUAUUUUUUUAAUUGAUAAAUCAUCCAUUCUGGAGCUUAGGUUUUGUUCAAAUAUAACAAACUGUGUAGAGUUUAGUAGUCCUUGCAGUGUUGCUCCCACUGUUUAGAUAUUUUAAUGUGAAUCUAUUUUAACUUCCUUUGUGUUUUAAUUUGCUCACAGAAACAUUAUCUGUAAAACAUACUCAAGAUGUUCCAUUCACUUAAAAGAACUUAUGUUAUACCUACUUAAAAAUCUCUGUUUGGAUUUUAUGAAAAUAUUAAAGUUGCAAAUUAACAUUGAUUUUCGCUCAUCUUCACUGGAGUACAGAGUAAUUGAAUUUCUCACAAAAUUCUUGUAACAAUUAAUGAAAUACUUUGCAAAAUAAAUGAUGAUGUCUUUAGUCCUCUCUCUAAAGACUUCAAUCAACUAGUAAGUGAAUUUAAUAAGUUAAUCAACAAAUAUAAGAAUUUGUUUUCCAUGAUAAAAUUAUAACAUGCACACAUUCUUCCACUGUAAGAAAAGGAAAGUUCUUCUCAUAUAGAAAUUUUCCUCCUUCUGCACCCCUUUCAGUGUAUGUGUUUGUGUUAAAUGCUAGAAAUAAUAAGAAUAAAAGUAUUUUAAAAAAAGAAAACAUAGUCAUAACCUCAUAUAAAUAAAA